AUGGAGGGAGGAUCAUCAUUGUUAUUAAUGAGACAAUUAAAAGAAUUGACAAAACAUCCUGUAGAAGGUUUUUCAGCUGGUUUAAUUGAUGAUUCAGAUGCAUUUCAUUGGAAUGUUAUGAUUAUUGGACCAGUUGAUACGAUUUAUGAAGGCGGUUUCUACAAAGCGAGACUCGAUUUUCCAAAAGAAUAUCCACAUAAGCCACCAAAAAUGAAAUUUUUAUCAGAAAUUUGGCAUCCAAAUAUUGAAAAAAACGGAGAUGUUUGCAUAUCAAUUCUUCAUGAACCAGGUGAUGAUCAGUAUGGAUAUGAAACAGCGAGUGAACGCUGGAGUCCUGUGCAUACAGUGGAAACAAUUCUAAUCUCUGUGAUUUCAAUGUUAGCUGAUCCAAACUGUGAAUCGGCAGCCAAUGUUGAUGCAGCAAAAAUGUUAAGAGAUGAUCCAAAACAAUUUAAAAAACGCGUAGCGGAUUGUGUUCGAAAAUCUAUGGCCGAAUUUGGUGGUUAA